AUGGCUUCGCCGUGUGUAGUGAAGGACUCAGCGGGAAAGUACCUUUGUAAUAGGCCACUUGCACUAAGAGGUCACGUGACCAAUGCUUCCUUUAAACAAUAAGUUGGAAUCUUGCUGAUGCCGAAAAUUGUUAGAGCACACAAAAAUUAUCUCACAACUGAAAUUUGAGAGGAAACGCAUUUAAGGGAGAUAUAUUAUGGCAGUUUGAUUUUUCAGGAAAGUAGUAUGAUUUGUAUUGGCCGCCAUGUUGGAGGGCAUGCUUUUGCCCUCCAACAUGGCGGCCAAAACCACUUCUUGCUUAUAUCUUGUUCAAUGUUUCUUAGUUACGCUCAGAUGUGCUGUAAACGUUAUCACAUCAUCUUUUCAACAUUUUCCUUGAAGUUUAAGUGCAAAAUUUGUGUACAGAGAGAGGUAAUUCAUAAUUUUAAAAAUCACAUUUUGGUCACGUGACCAUUUACGAACUUAUUCAUUUAAAGAAAAUGGUGCGGGUUUGAAAAACCAAAUCACCAUUAUUUUGGGUAAGAUAUGACCCACUAAUUGUUUUUCGAAGGCAAAAUCAUAUAACUUUCAUUUUCAUAAAAGCGAUGUCACAUGCCUCUUAGUGCAAAUGGCCUAUUUCGAGGAAGCUUGUGAAGAAUACCUCAACAGACUCUGGCCUGACUUGAAGACAAGUGAUCGAAGAUACAUGUUCCCUCCAGCGUUCCCAUUUGGUUAUACAGCCCCAACUGGUGCAGCAUCCGGUGCUGUAGGACUUAGGAAGUCUGAGGAAUUAGACAUCAAGGGAGAUUCAGCCGAGUUACGGAUAUUUAGGGCCCUUGAUAAAUAUGGGACAGAAACGAAUCAGCCAAUGCUUGUCAUAACGAAAUUUGAAUUUCAAGAAUUCAUCGAUCAAGUCCUCCUACAAAACCUCCCAAGCGAAUAUGUUCAAUCUCUGUUUGCCGAUCUCAGCAAAACAGAUCUCUCUUGUGAAAUAGAUUUUCUCAUCGUACACCGGCGUAUUGGUGUCAUACUCAUCGUAGUGAAAGCCACAGAAAAAUUCAAAACAAAUCGGUAUCUUGAUGGGAAAAGACAGCUUGAAGUUGGAGAAAAAUUUGUUAAAGCACUUUUGACAGCAAAGGACUUAGACAUUCCUGUCAAAAGAGUCAUUGCAAUGCCAAAUGUCAUCGAUGAGGGACGUGGUACUAGUGAUUUUAUUGACCUCCCAAAGAUUCAUCUUGGUUUGACAGAGGACGACGAAGAUGACAAUUUACAACAUUUCGAGAUGUGGUGGAAACAGCAUUUCACUGAGAGGUCUUUUGAGGAAGAAAUAGAGAAGCUAUUGAGCUUGAUUUCCGUAUUUGUAGGUCAGAGAAGUGCAAUAAGCGCCACAACCCAGAUACUUAGUGGAGUGUUUAAAACCAUUGAUGAGCAAAGCUUUCUUGAACAAAGCCACGCGAAGAUGACGAGAAAGGGAGCUAAAGGGUCUCCUGUGGUGGUAAGGCCAGCUGAUGCCACAGGUUUGAGAAUUCUGGCAAAACAGUUUGUGUUCUUAAACAUGGAGCAACUGGGCAUAUGGGAAGGACCAUUACACCAGCUCUUUUGUGGCGCCCCAGGAAGUGGAAAGACGAUUCUACUCCAAUACAAAGCACUUGAAUGUGCGAAGAAGAAUGAAAUGGUACUUAUAAUGGUACCCCCGCCUCUUGAUAAGCUCUACAAGGAAUUCUUCACAAGAAACGAAAUUGCCAAUGGAAUGGUUACCAUCGUAACGUUUGACCACAUCAGUACUUUUCUCUCUCGGGCCUUAGAAAUGUCAGUGAAACCCGUCCAUGUCUUUGUUGAUGAAUUUCAGAUACUGCUUCUCACAAAUGAAACAUUACUAGGCGCAAUCAGAGAAUUCUUGGUUCGUUAUCAGAGUACCUCAUUCUAUCAGUGGAUUUCCUACGACUUCAAUCAGUUGCUGUUUGUUAAUGAGGUGUUUGGACUGAAACGAACUAACGUGAAUGUUCCAAGCUUUCUCACCGAGCUAUGUGAAAGCCAAAACUUUAUCCAUGCACCAAGCCUCACAACUGUCAUGAGAUGCACAUCAGAGGUUUAUGACUUUUUGCAGCGUUACCUAAAGUUUUCGUUUGGUGAACAAUCUGGAGGAACUGAAUUUCCUAAACAAUACUGGCAUCAUCCAGUCUAUCUUGGCCACCAUGUUUGUGGACCCCAAGUCAUUGUAGAGAGGAAAAUAAGUUAUGGAUCACGUGAAGAACGAUUUGUUGACUGUUCUAAGAUCAUCAAGAAUGAGAUCAAUGAAUGGGCAAAGGAAGAGAAUGGAUUUUUUUUCUAUCGUAAAGUUGCUAUCCUGGUCGCCGCUCCACGGUGGAUUGAUGAUCUCUCUCCCUUUAUGACCCAGGAAGGAAUCCCAGUUUGUCGUAUUGGAGAUGGGGAAAAUGCAGUUGUUUUGGAUUAUGCAGAUUAUGCUAGAUCAUAUGAAUGGCCAGUUGUUAUUGCAAUUUGUGGCCAUUUGAAAAGCAUGCAGAACUACAUCCCAGCGUCAAGGGCAGUGACUCGCUUAUUAGUUCUUUGGUGGAAAUAA